CCUGUAUGGCCUGCUCUGACCUGCUACAUCGACCUGGACCAGAUAUAAAUCGAGACUUCUUUUGAAGCUGGUUCCUUGGAUCGUAUUCUCUCACCGGACUAAUAACUGUACAAUGAGGCGUAUCCUUGCAGGUUUGGUGCUCUCAAGCACGCUUGUUGCCCGCGCGUGGGCUGGGCAACCAGCUCACAUUCAUGGUGUUAAUUUGGGUUCAUGGUUAGUCCUAGAGCCAUGGAUGCUUCCUCAAGAGUGGUCGGAUAUGGGUGGACAGGAAUGCGAAGUUUGUUCGACGUGCAUUGCAUCUGAGUCGUCGUUUGCAAAGGCGUAUCCUGACACCGUUGACACUACAUUCGCUCAACACUGGGACACAUGGUUUACGCAAGACGAUGUCAAUACACUGAAGGCGGCCGGUAUCAACACCGUCAGGAUUCCUCUGGGGUACUGGAUUGUGGAGGCUUUAGUCGAUAGGCCGAACGAAUCAUACCCUCGGGGUGGUCUUAAUUAUUUGCGUCGGGGCUUGAGCUGGCUGCAAGAUGCCGGGAUCCAAGUGAUCCUGGAUCAUCACGCAUUACCCGGGGUUCAAAUGCCUGGGCAAAUGUUCACUGGAGAUUGUACUACCGAUGUUCAAUUCUACACUCCAUACAACUACCGCCGUGCACUGGUGUGGACAGCGGUCAUGACUGUGUUUUCUCACCUGGACCCUGUUUUUGGAAAUGUCUUUGCGAUCGAGGCAGUCAAUGACCCCAUUACAGACGCGACUAACACACCUGACUAUGGCACUUUCCAAAAGAACUUCGUCCAAAUAACCCGUGCAAUUGAGCUCACACUCGGAAUAUCUGUGCCAUCAUCCAAUUUAUCGGUAUCGGUAUCACCGUCCGUUUCGAACAACUUCACCGCUGCACUGAUUGCGACAUCUUCAGCAACUGGAAUCUCGACGGAGGUGCAAGCAGCACUUUUAGAAGCCGUUCCAAUUUUACGAGAGAUUGGAGCAGCGAGUGGUUUGCAGACUACAUUGGAAGCAUCACCCUUCAAGCAGUCCGGUCCUCCAUUAGUGGCGAACUUCAUGGAUGUGAACUACCAACACAACAACCCCUCUAACCCAGCUGACGUGGCGAUUGGCCCCCAAGCUUAUGACAACCAUGUGUCUUACUCGCAUGGCGGAAUUGCGGAUCCUGACCCGACAUCUUACAUGAGCAGUAUCUGCAAUUUUAAACGUCUCCAGGCUGACGCAGCGGUCGGUAACUCUCCGCUCUGGUUCGGAGAGUGGGAACUUGCGACACAGUUCGAUGCCACGGACGAGUUCCUCUGCAAGUGGGCUGACGCACAGAAGUUGGCGUAUAGUAAAAGUGCUGGAUGGAUUUACUGGAACUUCAAAAUCGAAAUAUCGAACCGUACUGACGGGAACGCCCUUGCAAGGCAAUGGUCUUACCUUGAGGGGUUGAAACUUGGGUUCUUGACCCAGGACCCUGCGGCGCUCCAUGAUCCGAACGUGUGCGUUUCAUACAUGAACAAGACCACUGAUGACACCAGUUCAUGAUGUGCAUUCUUGGUUAGUACAUAAGUAAGCGAUAGCGCAGAGCGUACCUAUACCGAUUCCUGUUGACUACGAAUG